CUCCCUCCCUAUAUAACCCAAUUCAUUUGUCCUUUCAUUUCAGGUUCACUGAUUAACACCAACCAUUCCACACAUACACAACCAAAUUCACCACAUCAAUGGCUGCUACUGGAGAAACUCAACCUGCGAAACACCAAGAAGUUGGCCACAAAAGCCUCCUUCAAAGUGAUGCUCUUUACCAAUACAUUCUUGAAACCAGCGUGUACCCCAGAGAACCACAACCCAUGAAAGAGCUACGUGAGGUCACUGCUAAACACCCUUGGAAUCUUAUGACUACAUCUGCUGAUGAAGGACAGUUUUUGAACUUGCUUCUUAAACUUAUAAAUGCUAAGAACACGAUGGAGAUUGGUGUGUACACCGGUUAUUCCCUUCUUUCUACGGCCCUUGCUCUCCCAGAAGAUGGAAAGAUAUUGGCUUUGGAUAUAAACCGUGAGAAUUAUGAAAUCGGUCUUCCCAUUAUUGAGAAAGCCGGUGUUGCUCACAAGAUUGACUUUAGAGAAGGUCCUGCUCUUCCUCUUCUUGACCAAAUGGUCGAAGAUGAAAAAUGUCAUGGAUCAUUUGACUUUAUUUUUGUGGACGCUGAUAAAGAUAACUAUCUUAAUUAUCAUAAAAGAUUAAUAGAUUUAGUCAAAAUCGGGGGAGUGAUUGGCUACGAUAACACCCUUUGGAAUGGGUCUUUGGUUGCACCACCAGAUGCUCCACUUAGAAAGUAUGUUAGGUAUUACAGAGAUUUCGUGUUAGAGCUCAACAAAGCCUUAGCAAUUGACCCAAGAGUAGAGAUUUGUCAGCUUCCGGUGGGUGAUGGAAUCAGUCUUUGUCGCCGUAUAAGCUAGUUACAAACAGCAUACCAACAUACCAACAGAAACAUACGAAGUUGCAAGAUUAAUUGUGACGACUAUUCUCUUCAAUCUUUGAUAUAUAUGUUAAAAAUAAUUAACAAAAAAAGUUCCUUUUUUAUUUAACAAUCUUGUUUAUUUAAUCAUGUAAACCCAGUGUUAUAUAUUUGUUUAUCAU